UUGCUCCGUUUCUGACAUUCGCAGUUCCAGUGGUGGGACAGAUGGAGAGCAGCAGCGGGGCCAGCGGAAUGCGGAGCACGUAAACAAGGUUCUCGGGCCGAGCAGCGGAGUCUCCACGGUAGAUUAGCCAUGAUCAGACCCUUUGUCACGCUGCUCUACUUCCUGCUGACCAGCUCGUCCAUUGUCUUCACGGCCUGCGUCAACAAUGUCACAGGCACCAGCUCUCCAGGACCCGGUCCAAGCACAUCGCUGACCAGCGGGCACAUCCAUCGCACGGCGGCGGCCAUCGAGCGUGUGAACCUGCUGUGGUGCUACGCCUGCCACACGAUGGACGACGGCGAGGCCUGCGUGGAUGUGGCGGUGAAGAAUGACACAGCGCUAAUGAAGAAGUGCCACGGCGAGGAGUUCAUUUGCAUGGUCAAGCGCUUCUCGUACACCACGAGCACGGAGAACUCGACCAGUUCACCGAAGAUGUGGUCCCUGGACCGCCGCUGUGCCGCCAACUGUGAGCCCGGCUGUAUUAUCAUCGGGGAACGGACCAAGCUGUAUGCCUGCACCUCCUGCUGCGAGGAGUCCUUCUGCAACACGGGUCGAGGAGCAGCCUCGGGGAUCUUCCAUCGCGAGGACACGGGCAUUGGCACACGCCUGUUCUGGCUGGCCGCUCCUUUCCUGGUCAACAUGUCUCUGGUGUUGUACAAGCGUCACGCCGGCCACGUUCUCCUCAAGCUGCAAUAGUCCUGUGGCCGCCUCACUGAAUUUAUGAUGGGCCUCCAGGCUCCCUCAAAGAUGCUCAAAUCCACUCAAUGCCAAAUCCUAGCUAAUUUUAGAUCUAUGUCCUCUGUGUAAUGUAGAUAGACUACGAUGUUGCCGUGUGAUAAUAAAGGAUGACCAGUCAUAGUGCGCGAUCUCACACCCGAAAACAAAAGCCAAAGCUCAAUCUUUCUGUCAUUUCUCUAUUAAGGAAUAACGUAUUUAUGUUUAAUUAGAAUUAUAUUAUCAUAGAAAGGAUAUAAUUGAAUUUGUGUAUAAGUUGUGAGGAAGUUUAAACUGCUGUAUUUCUGUACAUUUUAAGUCAAAUUUUACUUACUGUUGGAAUUAAAAUAUAAAGUAUUUAUUUACUAUUUGAAGAAUAGUAAACUAAAGUA